CACGCGCCGCGCAAACUGACUGAACUUUAUUCCAUCUGGAUAGGAUGUGGAAAACAAUUCUAAUACAUCCACAUAAUAUCUGGCCAAUGGACCUGCCCAAACAUUCGCGCUAAUGUGACGCUUGCGACUACGUAGGCAGCGAGUGGCUCAAAUAUUCGUGUUCCGGCUACACCUGAAUCCGCCAGGAAGUGUGGCGCGAUAAAUCCUAAAAAAGUAUCCGCGUCUCCCGGAGCGACUGUACUAGCGAAGACAUGGGAAUUUGCAUUUUCUGGUUUGGGUGUGGGCCGGUUGUAUGACUUUUUCUGGUUUUCGAAUCGUAUCAAGCGACCGCUCGCCAGUUUAGGCAGGUUAAAGAGAGACCGUCAACUCUCCGCAAGUUUGGGUCGUUUUUUUUCGCCAAGUUGUUCCCGAUCUCAAGUAUUUGCAAGCAAUGGGAUGCGGCGGUAGCACGGAGAAGGGAAAGCGGGAGUGGAAACCGUUGGAAGAUCGAUGCUGUACAGACAUUCCAUGGCUCAUAAUAUUCAUCGCCUUCUGCAUCGGCAUGUGGUGCAUCUGCGGCUUCGCCAUCGCCACGGGGGCGGCGUCCCGGCUCAUCUCGGGGUACGACAGUUACGGGAACACCUGCGGCCAGAAGAACGCCCCCAUCAAGGGCAUCGAGCUCAGCGGCAGGGACCAGACCAGCAAGAAAUACGUCUUCUUCCUGGACCCCUGCAACAUCGACUUUGUGAAUCGGAAGAUUAAGUCCAUGGCGCUGUGCGUGGCUCAGUGUCCCGGGGAGGAGCUGAAGUCGUACGACGACAUUCGCAAGUUCGCCACGACAAACGGAUCGGAACUCUGCUCCUACGAUGUGCCAGUGAACAAAUACACCAGUCACCCGGAGAAAAAAACCAAAUGCCCCGAGCCCCCGGUGCUCCCCAGUCAGUCUCUCCCAGUGUUUCACCGCUGCACCCCCAUGAACAUCACCUGCUACACCAAAUUCGUUGAGGCCCUCAUUACCUUUGUUAGCGACAACAGCGUCCUGCAUCGGCUCAUCGCCGGGGUGAUGGCCAGCAAGGAGAUCAUUAUGGGCUUGUGCCUGCUGUCUCUAGUGCUCUCCAUGAUCCUGAUGGUUGUCAUCCGCUUCAUUUCCGCUGUGCUGGUGUGGAUCAUCACCGCCCUCGUGAUCUUGGGCUCCGUGGGGGGAACAGGGGUCCUGUGGUGGCUGUACGCGGAUCACAGGAAGAACCUGAAUGACACCAUGAACAAAGACGAGCUGGGGGUUGCCAAGGACAACGUGCAGGCCCUGCUGGUCUACGCCAUCGCUGCCACUGUGUUACGGAGUGGGGGGGGGGGGGGGGUGGUCCUGCUGCUGCUGAUGUUCUUCAUGCGGAAGCGUGUGGCGCUCACCAUCGCGCUGUUCCACGUGGCGGGGAAGGUGUUCACCCACCUGCCCCUGCUGGUGCUGCAGCCGUUCUGGACCUUCCUGGCCCUCAUGCUCUUCUGGGUCUACUGGCUCACCGUGCUGCUCUUCCUGGGCACUGCAGGCAGUCCGGUGCAGAACCCGGUGACGGGCCUGGUGGAGUUCCGCAUGUCUGGUCCGCUGCAGUACAUGACCUGGUACCACGCGGUGGGGCUGAUCUGGAUCAGCGAGUUCCUGCUGGCCUGCCAGCAGAUGACCAUCGCCGGCGCCGUCGUCACCUACUACUUCACCAGGGACAAGUCUGACCUGCCGCUGACCCCCAUCGUCUCCUCGGGGUUGCGGCUGGCGCGGUACCACCUGGGCACGGUGGCCAAGGGCUCCUUCAUCAUCACCCUGGUGGAGAUCCCCCGCCUCAUCCUCAUGUACAUCCACAACCAGCUCAAGGGCAAGGAAAACGCGUGUGCGAGGUGCAUGCUGAAAGCCUGCAUCUGCUGCCUGUGGUGUCUGGAGAAGUGCCUGAGGUACCUGAAUCAGAACGCGUACGCUGCGACUGCCAUUAACAGCACUAGCUUCUGCACAUCGGCGCGGGACGCCUUCGUCAUCCUGGUGGAGAACGCCCUGCGAGUGGCGGCCAUUAACACUGUGGGCGACUUCGUGCUGUUCCUGGGCAAGGUGCUGAUCGUGUCCUGCACAGCGUUUGCGGGGGUCCUGGCGCUGAACUACCAGCGGGACUACACGGUGUGGGUGCUGCCCCUCCUCAUCGUCUGCCUCUUCGCCUUCCUGGUGGCCCACUGCUUCCUGUCCAUCUACGAGAUCGUGGUGGACGUCCUCUUCCUCUGCUUCGCCGUCGACACCAAGUACAACGACGGCAGCCGUGGCAGGGAGUACUACAUGGACAAGGCCCUCAUGGAGUUUGUGGAGAACAGUAAGAAGGCGAUGCCUGCCCGUGGCCGGGAUGCAGGGGACGGCACAGAGAUGAAGCCCAUGGCUUCUGGUGGAAGUUAAGGUUGACCCAAAAUCACCAAAUGAGGAGUUUCUAAAGACAUUCCAGAUGUUUAUUUUUUACCAACAUGUAAUAUGUUUACUAAGCUUUUGACUCCAGAGAACACUGAUAUUUUAAUACACUACGUAACGAUGCACUUUAUACUAAAGCUGUGUGCGUAUUUGCCGCUGAUGCAUUUUCGUAGCGAUGGCCUUUUUUAAACUGAGUAAAAGGAAGGGGUCUCUGGUCUAGUGAAAUGCUGAAAUGUGUAGAAUCGAGACGAUUGCUGCGUUCCUUUGAAAAGCCAUUAUUGAUUCCAUUCAGAUGAAAACACCCAUCAAAUAUUUUUUCUUCACUUUUUGCAAGUUUAUAAGUCUUUAAACACUUAGUUUCAGAAAUUUUGGGUGCUUUGUAAAAAUGUGUUUGUGUUUUCCUGCACCAUACCUGAAGGCAUAAAUGUGGUGCGUUAGGUCAUUUUGUAAUACUCUUUUCAUUUUUUUAUUUCAGUGGGAGGGUGUCUCUGUAUAUACUGAACUAUGCUUUAUUUUGAAUAAUUUUAAGACUUUUUAUCCACCAUCAGUUAUGAGCAACAUUUUAGUUUUGCAGUUUUUUUAAGUUUUUUUUUUUUUGUAAUGUUGUGAAAUGUAACGAGCUGCAUGAGACGCGGCUCACUGACGGGACUCCUGAGGAGCGCGAGGGCGCGUCUGGCACGCGUUAGGCCCCUAAACUGCGUACCCUCCUGUUACCUAGCAAUAAGAACCUGAGAGAAUGUUCCGGAACUGCCCCUCAGGUGGGACACCUCCCCGUCACAAAUGACGUCCCGGUCUGUAGCCUGUGCGCUGGAGAAAUACUGAACUCGUAUAAAAAGCAGUGGAUAAUCGCGUUUCUGACAGAGGAAGGAGACUUUUGCCACGGUCCCUUAAGUUGGGUUGAGUCUUCUGCUUGCCUGCAGGUUUAACUCCAGUCCUGGAGGGGGGGCUGUGUCUGCAAGUUUAACUCCAGUCCAGGAGGGGUCGCUGUGUCUGCAGGUUUAACUCCAGUCCAGGAGGGGGCGCUGUGUCUGCAGGUUUAAGUGGAGUUUGCGUAGAGAUCCUCCAGCCUUUCGCUUUGCCUUAAUCCUGCUGUGCCUCCCCACAGCCGUGGAGGUGGUUUUUAAAUCCUGGGAUGCUUGCAUGUCACCCAGUCCAACUUGCCUUAAAACAUUCGAGAUAGAUUCACGUAUGAUUUAUUAGUUUCUGCCUGGUUCAGUGUUUGACUGGACCGGAAGCCCGCUUCUGGGUCUGAGAGAUAUUGAAUGUAUCAGACCUUUAAUUUACUGGUGGUGCAUAAUUUAUGCAACCUUCUAUUACCUGAACUUUUUGUGACGCUACCUUGUGACAGAGUGAGAGCAACUUUUUUUGUGAAGGUUGCGUUUUUUUUUUGUUGUUAUCAGAUUUAUUGCAGGUACUAAAAGAUUUAUCAUUAUUUUUUUGUGCUGGUCUACUACAAACUGAAAAACCUGUCCCGUGUACGUAUCGUCCCGCAGGAUCCUGGUGCACCUCGGCUCAGUCUGAGGUUACGUUCCAAGUUCUGCGUUACCGCGGCAACACGGAUGCACUCAGGAAGUGAGCAGGGUCGUAAACGGCGAGGCCAGUUGUGAUUAGACAUAAGUGCCACCGGCAGUUUGGUGAUGCCGCAGAACUCAAAGGAGGUCGCGGCCCGAAUGGGCACGGGGAAACGAUUGGUCCCUCCAAAAAGAGGAAGAGAGAGAAAAAGAAGAGAUUGGGGGGUCACAGGGACAGAAAGAGCUGAGGCUUAGUGGGGCUCGCCUUAACUGGAGAUCCAAGGGCUGUGGUAUUCACUGGUCUUUGGAGAGCCACAUGGUGGUGUGUGGGUAGUUAUUUUUUGACCUUUAAAUCCAAAACCAAUUCAGACUCAAGGAGACAGGUGAGACAAAUUGAGCUGCUAUCAACUGCUGAAUUUAUUGACUUAUAAGUAAAAAUGAAAACCAGCACCCCCUCUAACUCUCCAAGGGUAAGUGCAAGUACCUCUGGUUCAGAGUUAUGCGAUGCCCAUUGUAGAGCACUAUGAAAUGGUUUCCUCCCCGAUUCUGACUUUUAAUACUUCAUAUUGUGUGUUAUGUACAUUGGCAAUAAUAACAAACCAAAAUACGUUUGGAAAUUAUUUUUUGUGCAGUUUGCUCAGAAUAAAAGCUUAACACGUUUACAUAAAGGGAAAAUAAUCAAUUUUAUGUGUUUAAGGGAAAUAUUUAACCAGAUGCUAUUACAAGAUUUUGGUUUAUUGUCGUCUACGCCACAAUUUAAUUGCAUGAGUUUGAUUCCAUAUUUUAUAUGUAUACAUUUAAUAUUGUCAUUUAAUGUACUUAGAGAGCAUACUCUGACUUAAAACAUCGGUGCUAGUUUUUAUGACUUUGCACCUGUUAAUGACACUGUUAAAGCCAUUUGUGGGUUUGCUACAACAAUGAAAUCUCCUAAAAUGUUCUGCUUAAAUGCCACUAGUGUACUAUAAUAUCUGCUGCAAUUGUAAUUUAGAUUUAUAGGGUGUGUAUUUUUAAAGAACCAACAAGACAUGGAGAAAAUGUUUUCCUAGCAACGGAACAUGGCAUUAAACUGAUAAGACAAAGAUAUAAACUUACUCAUGCACUGCUGAAGUGAUGCGAUAUUUACCUGGCAGGUGGCUGCCCUUUUAACCUGUGAUUUAGCCAGGUAAGUUAGGUGAAGUAGCAUUGGAUGCCUUGCUUGCUAGUGAGUUAGCUGUCUUGGUGAAUAAGCUUGGGUUUGUGAAAAUUGCACAUUGGCCCUAAAAAUAUUGUUCUGAUUCUGUGAUUGGCCAAAAUAUUUCAAUGUUGACUUCCAAGAAUUUGAUGCAUUUAUUUGUGAUAUCUGAGUGGGUGUUGAUUACUUGGUGUAAACUGUACUCAAAUGAUAUACAUUGUGUUUUAUUGGGACAUAUGUUAUUUUACCAUCCUGAUACUAUGGUAGUGGUCAGAAAUGCUUUAUGUCGAAGUUCCUUGAGUCCUUCCAUUGCAGUGUGAUGGGUUUGUGAUUAACGAUCCGUUGAGUAAACUAGCAAAGAUAAAGUGCACAAAUUCACAUUCAUAUUUAGAGGAGAACCAAAGGUGCCUUGUCUCAGUGUCCAUGGAGAGAUUGCGAUUUUGGCCCCAAAUAUAAGUUCAUAUAAGUCAUUUUCCUUCAAUGCAGAUUGUGAAAUGUGGGCAAUACAUUCCUAUCUUAAUUUUAUGCAUAUAUUGUGAAGUGAGGCAGUGUCUUGAUAAUAUUUUAUUUCUAUAUAUUUUUCUGUAUGUUCCAUUUCCAUAUAUGGACACUCAGGUCAAGGACAGGGAUAUUGCUAAAUGGAUCCAGUGAGAGUGAUUCUUAGUUAUUGGAGGAAAUGCCAAAGACUACCUGCAUUAUUCUCAAAAUCCUAAUCACGCUGUGCAGCAGGGAUAUUGGGCAAUAGCGCAGCUGGUUUUCAUUCCUCCCUCUAAUCAGAGAUCAGUUUAGACCUGUGACACCAGGUGAGUGGAACCUUCAGCCAAUGACAUUACCUCUGGUUGGUGACAUUAGCCAAUCAGCUAUCAGGUAGAAAAGAAAACCAGCAGCACUACUGUCCUCUGGGCCUGAUCUGGCCACCUCUGACCUGCUGAAAGGACAUUAGAUGUACGGUAAAGAGAUGGCGGUUACUGGAUAGAGAGAAAAAGAAAGGAGAGAGAAGGGAGAAAGGGGGGAUGUUUUCCUUUUUAAAAUGCUACCUGGCAGCAACAUCUCGGGCUCCAUUAUGGCGAGGCGGGAAGCCGCAGUGUUUAAAAUGGCGGGAAGCCGCAGUGCUUAAAAUGGCGGGAAGUCGCAGUGCUUAAAAUGGCGGGAAUCCGCAGUGCUUAAAAUGGCGGGAAUCCGCAGUGCUUAAAAUGGCGGGAAGCCGCGUCCCGCCAGGCGAGACACUCUGGUGCUACCGCGGCUUGUUCUGUCCGCUGCUCUGUCCGCCGCUCGGACCGUCAGUCCGUACCGAUCCCAUUUGGCGCAACUGCACAUUUCCACUGUCACCCACCCGCCACGGCCCUGUCACCCGCCCGCCACGGACCUGUCACCCACCCGCCACGGCCCUGUCACCCACCCGCCACUGUCACCCACCCGCCACGGCCCUGUCACUGGGAAAACAAGUGUGGCGUUAAAACUGACCGAUGUUCUUCAGGCAGCAUGCAUACCGCAUGCCACGGCGGCUUUCAAUAAUUCAGCCAUUAAAGCCAUGAGGGGUGAAUUUUACUGCACAUCAUUUUAUUUUAUUAUUUUUAAAAAUGUAACAAAAAUGUUCCAAAGUCAUUGCUCUGCAGGUUUUGUAGUAGUGUGUGAUAAACUGCUAGCUCUAUAUUAGUUAGCGAUGAGAGCUUUGAGAUACGAGGCGCUCUUUCUCUGGGACGUCCCACUGGGGGAAUUUACUGUACGAUACUGAACUUAUAAAACCACCGCCGCGCACCACAGCCAUGUCUGUGCAGCUGUCUGGUGCUAACACUAGCGUUUAGCUUGGAGCUGCGGCUUCUCUGUAAUGUCUGAUUAUUGUUUUAUUUUUCCUCUGAAGGUAUAUUCUUUCUUAUGUAUCUCUUUUUUUAAUAAGCAAUAAAAUGGGAAAGAUUUGAA